AUGUCCUCCUCUCUACCAGCAUCAUCGUUCCAAUUUUGGGGUUUGAGUGAUUUUUACACAACACUCUUGACAGCCCUUGGAGUCAUUCUCAUUGGAUAUUUCAUUUGGCUCUUCAUUGGUAUUUACUCUCAAUGCUCAAAAUUAGGUCACAUUCCUGGAACUUGGCAAGUAUGGUUCGCACCUUUUCGAAUUCCCUUCUUUGCUCCUUAUUUAUAUUUGGGAUCUAUGGGUUCAAUUCCUCAAUUAGCUCAAAUGAUGGGAGAUGCAGAGACUCAAACAUUACGAAUUUCUCUAGCUCAGAGAUCGAUCAUUUGGGUUUCAGAUCCAGAAAUGUUAAAAGAACUUUUAGUGACCAAAGCCAAUAAUUUUUCCAAGCCAAAACAAAUCUAUGAAGUGUUAAAUCCUUUUGAUAAGGGAAAUAAUGUGUUGACAGCUCCUCAUACCGAAGAAUGGAAGAAACAUUUUAAAAUUUGUAGUCCUGGAUUCUCUUCAAAGAACUUGGAGUACAUGUGUAAAAUUGCUGUGGAAUCGACGGAUUUAAUGUUCAAGAAAUGGGAUGAAAAAUUACAACAAUGUUCACAGUUUGUUUUGAAUGUAGGAGAUUAUUCGGAUAUUACUUUGGAUGUUUUAGGUAAAGCAGGAUUUGGAGUUGAUUUUGGUAUCUUUUCUUCUAAUGAAGAAGGACGUCAACUCAGACAAACCAUGGAUAUCAUUAUGAGAAGAGGAAUGAUUUUAAAAAGAUUUGUCAGACAUUUACCACUCCUUUAUAAAAUUCUUUCCAAUUGGUCAGGAGCAACACAAGCACUGGAAACAUGUUCCAAGAUUUUAGACAAGAUUAUUAAUCAAAGAAGAGAAGAAGUGAAGAACAGAACCAGUUCAGAUGUCGACGAUGGAAAGAAUGAUAUUUUAAGUUUACUCGUUGAAGCCAAUACUAUUGAGAACUUGUUAACUGAUGAUGAACUCAAGAGCAAUGCAUUUAUUUUGACAUUGGCUGGACAUGAGACGACCUCUACUCUCUUACAAUGGACCACAUUUGAACUUUCUAAAAGACCUGAAAUUCUGAAAAAACUACAAACUGAAGUCACUCGAGUGUUAAAUGGAAGAAAUCCAACCUAUGACGAUUACAAUUCACUUGAAUAUGUCAAUGCUGUCAUUAUGGAGUUGGCAAAGAAAGAUACUACUCUUGGAAAAUAUCAAAUUCCAAAAGGAUCUUUUAUUAAUGCAUUUAUUCUUAAUGUUCACAAAAAAGAAUCUAUUUGGAAGAAUGCAGAUGAAUUUGAUCCAGAGAGAUUUAAAGAUGCAGAGACCAGAGAUCGAGUUCAACAUGAUUUUACAUGGAUGCCUUUCUCAAUGGGAAAUCGAAAAUGUAUUGGUUAUCGAUUCUCAUUAUUGGAAGCAUGUAUGAUUUUAACCAAACUUGUUCAAAAGUAUGAUUUUGUGUUAUUGAAUGACGAAGAGAAAGAUCCAGUUGGAUGUUCUGUUCGUGUCGUACAGAGACCAACUAAUUUGAAAGUAAGAGUUUCAAAGAGAGAGCAUUGA